AUGGAAAAUAGUUUAUUGGAAGCAAUUAAGUCUGGCAAUAUGGGAUGCCAUUCAGAAUUGACCAUCAUACCUAUAUCACAAACUUCAAAAUCCAACAGCCAGUAUGCGGUUUCUUCUACUUCCCCACAAAGUACAGUAUCAUUAUCGUUAGUACCAAAUACUAGCAGUGGAAAAUCAAAAAAUAAACACUCAUUGUCUUCAAAUGCACAAGGAGGUGCACCCCGCAAGCGUGGAAAAUCCAGUAUGCCUCAAUUAAACCACAUGGUAAAUGAUAUGAACAGUUACAAUCCACUCUUGGACCUGACAAUGAAUCGCAAACAUCAUAACUAUCCUAAUUAUAGUGCUCAAUAUGAACAACAAUGGCCAUUUAAUUUGCCGUUUAAUUAUCCUGAAUUGUUAAUGAAUUUUAGUCAAGUAAAUAAAAGAAAAGCAUAUGCAUAUGAACAACCUAAAGAAAAGACUGCAGUGAAUUACAACAAAGAAAAUACACAAAAUAAAACUAAACAUUAUAAACACGAACAUAUGCCUCCACCUUCUACUACUGCAGACCGAAUAUCUGGUCAAUUAGAAAAUGUUGAAAAAACAUUUGAUAUUGAUUCUUUAAGUAGUGAAGAUGGCUGGGCUAAAUAUAGAGAGUUGUUGACGGUUAUUGAAGAAAUGUCUGGGUCGAUCCGACCAAUUUAUACAGGUUGUAAGAAUUCUACUGAAAGGUUGAAAAAGUCAAUUCAUAAAGCUAAAGCUUUAGUAAGCGAAUGUUUAAAAGAAGUUGAAAAAGUAUCUAGACAACUUUAA